AUGCAUUAAGUUGAAGGAGCAACUUUUUAUAAAGGGGAUAUGUAAGAUUUAUAAGUAUUAUCGGAUACUGCCCCUAAUUUUAGCGGAGAUUUAGAAAAUGAUCAUUUGAAAACUAUGGAAUUAGAUUAUUUAGUUAUAUAAAUGGCUUCUAAGUUUUUGAAAAACGGAGGUUUUUUAUUAAUGAAAGGGUUUUAUGGCUCUAUGGAAAAAUAAUACUAUGAUAUGUUUAAGAUAUUUUUUAAGGAUUUUUAAAGGAUUAAACCAAAAGCUUCUAGAUCAAGGUCUAGUGAAUUGUAUUAUUUAGGUAAAGGAUUUGGAUAAUCAGAUAAUUUAAUAAAUUUAAAUGAUAACAAAAUUAA